UUUUGGAAGAAACUAUGUCUCGCAUUUGAAAUCAUCAGAGCUUACAUCAAUCCUUAGUGGAAAAAAUCGGUGUAUAUCUUAAUAAUAGUUCUUAUAUCUUAAAAAAAGCGCUCUGUAUUUCUCAAUACCGCCAUUUCAUCUUCCAGAAUGAUUCCAGUUUCCCUCUUCAUUGCCAGCUGUCUGACUUUAGUGAUCAGCGAUUAUAUUUCUGUAAGUCCAGAAGAAAGAAAAGCUAUUCAAGAAAGGCUGGAUGAGUUGCAGAUAAUAGAAGCCAUUUUUAGAGCAAUUCUGAAAGGAGAAGAUUCAUCUGAAGCUAGGAAUGAAGCUAACUGUCUACCACUUGGUGCGGAAUGUAGUUUCACUUCUGGUCCUAGAUGUUGUUCUGUCCGUUCUAGAUGCGUCAUCUGGGAUAGACAGGGAUCAGAUGAUCAUGGAAAUGCAAAAUGGACUUCACAUUGUCGGGAAUAUAACUUUGGAAAGGGAAUGGAUGCAAUCGAUAAGUUUUUUAAGAAUCUCGGAUAAAUGGAUCAUAAUGCUGAUUCGAGGUUUGAAAAGCUUGACAUGACAUUGCAUGUAUUCAAAAUAAAAUUAUUUAAACGAUA